GCGCUGUGGCCGUGUGUGCGUUGAGCUUUUGCAAAGAGAGAGAGAGAGAAGUGCCUAGGGCUUCACCGAGAUUUAGUUGAGUCUAGUCUCAACUGUGUUACUAUUUAAAACAGUCAGAGAGGAAGAGCGCACAGCAUCUAGGAGAUAAACAACCACAGGAACACACUUUAAAGUGAGACAGUGAGUGGUGUGGACACUCGUGGUCCUCUCCUGAGGCUGUGACUGCUUCACCAGGAGAAAUGUGAACGUUGUGUGACUUAUUUAACACACAGACACACCUGCUCCAUCCUCAGGUGGCGUUCCAAAGGACUGGAUUGCUGAACGAAACCGUGUUUACCAGAGGCCAGUGGACUGCACACAGGCAGGGGUGAAAAUGGACUACCUGUGGGGGAUUGUACUGCUGCUGUGGACGCUCGGUGUGCCGGAGAGAGGAACGGACGCUCAGAGGAUCAAGAACAACGUACCCCGACUCAAACUCUCGUAUAAAGAAAUGUUGGAAUCCAACAACCUGCUCACUUUCAACGGAUUGGCCAACAGCUCUGCCUAUCACUCCUUUUUAUUGGACGAGGAGAGAGGUCGGCUCUUUGUGGGGGCCAAAGACCAUGUGCUGUCCUUCAACUUGGUGGACAUCAAUCUGGAAAUGCAACUGAUAUCCUGGCCUCCUUCACCUUCUCGGCGAGAUGAAUGCAAGUGGGCUGGGAAGGACGUCCAGAAGGAGUGCUCAAACUUCAUAAAGGUCCUGCAGCCGUUUAAUCAGACGCACUUGUAUGUGUGUGGAACAGGAGCCUUCCAUCCCGUUUGUGCUUAUGUGGAAGUGAGCAAACGCCCGGAGGACAACAUCUUUCGGCUAGGGUCAUCGAGCUUUGAGAAUGGCCGUGGAAAGAGUCCCUAUGACCCCAAACUGCUGACUGCUUCCAUGCUGAUCGAUGGGGAACUUUAUGCUGGGACAUCAGCUGACUUCAUGGGCCGGGACUUUGCCAUUUUCCGAACGUUAGGCAAGCACCAUCCAAUCAGAACAGAGCAGCAUGACUCCAGAUGGCUCAAUGAUCCUAGAUUUAUCAGUGUGCAUCUCAUCCCAGAGAGUGACAACCCUGAAGACGACAAGAUCUAUUUGUUCUUCAGAGAGAACGCCAUUGAUGGAGAGCAAAUCAGCAAAGCCACACACGCCAGAAUCGGACAGCUGUGCAAGAAUGAUUUUGGAGGCCACAGGAGUCUGGUGAACAAAUGGACCACCUUCCUGAAGGCCCGUUUAAUCUGCUCCGUUCCUGGCCUGAACGGCAUCGACACACACUUUGAUGAACUACAGGAUGUUUUUCUCAUGAGCUCCAAGGAUCCCAAAAACCCUAUUAUCUAUGCUGUAUUUACAACAUCCAGUAACAUCUUUAAGGGCUCAGCGGUGUGUAUGUACAGUGUGGCGGAUAUCAGGAGGGUGUUUCUGGGCCCCUUUGCCCACCGAGAUGGACCCAACUACCAAUGGGUACCGUUUUUGGGUCGAGUGCCAUAUCCAAGACCUGGCACGUGCCCCAGCAAAACGUUUGAUGGUUUUGAAUCAACAAAGGACUUUCCUGACGAUGUUAUCACGUUUGCCAGAAGCCAUCCGGCCAUGUACAACCCAGUGUUCCCCAUCAACAACCGUCCAAUCAUAAUCAAAACCGAUGUUGACUAUCAGUUCACACAGAUAGUGGUGGACAGGGUGGAGGCAGAGGAUGGACAGUAUGAUGUCAUGUUUAUUGGCACUGACAUGGGCACAGUUCUUAAGGUGGUUUCUAUCCCCAGAGGAACAUGGCAUGAUCUUGAAGAAGUCCUGUUGGAAGAGAUGACUGUGUUCAGAGAACCAACAGCUAUUACUGCUAUGGAACUCUCCACAAAGCAGCAACAGCUCUAUCUUGGAUCCACCAUUGGAGUUUCUCAGAUGCCGCUGCAUCGCUGUGACGUGUACGGGAAGGCCUGUGCUGAGUGCUGUCUGGCACGUGAUCCUUACUGUGCCUGGGACGGCUCGCAGUGUUCCCGAUACUUUCCAACUGCUAAGAGGAGAACGAGGCGUCAGGAUAUAAGGAACGGAGACCCUCUGACUCAGUGUUCAGAUCUACAGCAUCACGAUGAGGCAGACGGAGAGAGCGGUUUGCUGGAUAAGACGGUGUACGGGGUUGAAAACAGCAGCUCUUUUCUGGAGUGCAGUCCUAAAUCCCAGCGUGCCCUUAUUUACUGGCAAUUUCAGAGACAUGGAGAGGUCCGCAAACAAGAGAUAAAGUCAGGUGAGCGGCUGUUGGGCACAGAACAGGGUCUGUUGAUCCGAACCCUCCAUCAGAAGGACUCGGGUGUGUAUUACUGCCAUGCUGUCGAACACGGCUUCAUCCAGACCCUCCUCCGCCUCACACUCAACGUCAUUCCCACCGAACACCUGGAUGACCUCCUGCACCGAGACACGCCCGACAGCAACGACCCGGCCAAUGGCAAGAUGUGGUACCGUGACUUCCUGUCCCUCAUCAACCCGCCGAGCCCGAACAGCGUCGACCAGCUCUGCGAGCAGGUUUGGAAAAGAGAACGGAAACAGCGUAGGCAGAAAGCCAAUCUGCUGCACACCAGCCAAUCACACGCCAGCCAGCUCAUCCACUCCAGCCAAUCACACACCAGUAAGUGGAAGCUGCUACAAGAAAACAAGAAAGGUCGCAAUCGCAGGACCCACGAGAUGCAGCGGGUGCCCCGCAGCGUGUGACAUGGACCCUAAAUAAAAAAGGAUGAGGAAAUCAAACAGACUUCUGCUGAGACUGGAGACAGGAAGAGCGGAAUUCCACUUCCUAUAGUAUGUGUGUGAGAGAUUUACUUAUGAACCAGAGCACAUCUUCAUUCACACGUAUUGAGACUCGAACUCUGAGAGGACGUAACGGGACACAAGAUGCUAACAGAUACUGAAAUACCUGUAAAUAUGACAUAAAUACAAAUAUAUACUGUGAGACAGGUUUCAGUCUGUAUAAAAACCUUGUUUCAUUUUAUGAGGGACAAAACAUGGAUGCUGAAAGACCACUGUUUAACCUCCAUUUAGCUGAAGCACAAUCCCAGUGCAUUCUGGGUAAUGAACUUGUCAGUGAUAUUAUGUGUAUAGAGUGUGUUGACCUUAACAUAUACUGUAUAUCUUUGUAUCGGAACGGUAGGCCCUUCUGUUUAUGUACGUAUUCAUUAAUUAGAAUUGUUCUUUAGGAUUUAUUCUUCUUUUUCUUUCCCCCUCUUUCUAUCUUCCUCCUUGUGUUUUCUAUUUUCAUCUGCUGUAAAAGCAAUGCCUCAGCAAAUCCAUUAAUGGAACUGUGUUGUUCCUCUGAAUAAGCUCUUUCUGACAAGAAAAACAACUAAAAAUAUUUUCUGCUAUUUUUUUUUUAGAUUAAUAUUUAAUUUUGUACUGUGCCAGAGUAUAUCUAAAAUAUUGCAUAAUAGAUUUAUUUUAUUAUUAGUUGUCUUCAUUGUAAACCACUGCACCGUGAGGGUAAACAAGCCCUCUUCACUAACUUUUUCUCCUCAGUUAAGUUAUUUGUUGAUAUGAUUUUGGUCUAUGUUCACAUUCACAUUUAUAUAAAAGCAUUGUGGUCAAGUAUAUGAAAUACGGUGGCAUUUGUUAAGGGGUAUUGCCGUAUGUUCCUUUUUGUCAUGUUUGUCACGCAUACUUGGGGAAAUACUGUCUUUCACUACAUGUACAAAAACAGAAUUUAUGAAAAACCAAUCCACACUACCACUAUAGAGAGUAUAUGACUGUUUUUCAGCUGAAGAAUAAUUCUGUUUAUGGCAAUAUUAACUGCUAAAAAGGAGUUUAGAUUUUCAUUUUUGCUUUUUACAAGGCCCUCCUUUUUUAUGUGACAUUCAAGGCCAUAUUUGAAGUCAACAUGGAAAUAUAGUAUGUCUGGAACACUUUAUGCUACUAUAGUGAAACAGCAUUAAUUAUAAUUUUAUACAUUUUAAUCCACAAAGAAGAUGUAAGAAAAUAAAACGAUUAAUUUCUAUCAAUCUCAUCAAAUAAAAUAAUAACCAUAAUAAAAUGUUUAUUAUAACGUCACAAAAGUUUUAACCAAUGGGUGGCGCCAUUGUUACACUCCUCAUAUAUUCGUAGCUCAGAGAUGUUUUAGAGAUUUUUACAUUUCAUUACAUUUUUAAGAGGGAUUACGAAAACAGACUAUUUUUUUUCCUUGGAAUAACUUAUGGACUUAAUCAUGAACCAUGCAAUAAGACCAAAAACUUGUACUGAGAGAGUAAAUGGGGUUGGUUUUGAUUUUUUGUUGACUUUAAAUAUGAGAGGGCAAAGGAGGACAAACUGUUAUAUAAUAUCCCGAGCCUGUCCCUUGGCUGAGGAAGGGACAGCUGUGUGACUGGAACUGCUGGGAUCAGAGACAGAACACAGCUGGGACCGGACUCACAGACUCCUUGAGAAGUCCUACUUUCACCGAAUUAGUUUUAUCAAGUCAUUUUUGACCCUUCUUGUUGAGGUCACACACACGCUCACACUUACAGCACACAUAUAUCUGAAUGUAGCUGUGAACAUAUAGACUAUUUAUGGAAAAAAAAUGGUCCAAAAUAUAUGCCACUGUGUACAAACUGCAUGUGAAUUUACAGCACCACUCAUUUCUAUACUCGUUUACAGUAGCUGCUCUUGUUAAUGAGUGAUUUGUCUGGCGUUGGAUUCCAGGUGGUGCUUAAAAUUCUAAUAAUGACAGAUGGUGUUAUCGACGGGCAUAAUUUCUGCCUGAUGAAUUGUCUCCCUUUGUAGCUAAAUGUAUAACCAACAGGAAACUGCUGUAAAUUAAAUGAUUUCAGAUGCAAAACUCAACAGUAUGAACUCGGUUGGCUGGCUCUGUUUGAAUGAACAUCGGGCAGAAAAGGUCACCUGCCUUGCUUAGACCUUUCACAGGGACUCUUCUGAACUGGAAAUGAGGGACAAAGACAUGAAAAUGCUGCUGUAAAAUAUUCAUUUCUGGCA